UUGGCAAGUCUGUUGAAAGUUUCAAUCUUUUGAUAAGGGAACCAAAAAAAGUGGGGAACUUUGAACAUUUUUCUGGUACGUGCAUGGACGGAUUUGAAAGAUUGAGACAAGAAGAGGGGAAGGGAGAAGGCUUGUAGGAAAAAAUGUGGAAGAAGAUAGGGUACGGGGUGAUGAUGUCAUGGGUGAUGGUGAUGGGGUGGUGGUGUGAAGGGAGGUUCGUGGUGGAGAAGAACAACCUUAGAGUGACGUCGCCGGAGUCCAUCAGAGGAAUUUACGAAUGUGCCAUCGGGAACUUCGGGGUCCCUCAGUACGGAGGGAGCAUGACAGGGGAGGUUGUCUUUCCAAAGGCCAAUCAGAAGGGUUGUCAGAGCUUCGACCAAUUCGACAUCUCCUUCUCUUCAAAACCCGGUGGUUUGCCCACUUUUGUCCUCGUCGACCGUGGAGAUUGCUACUUCACCUUGAAAGCGUGGAAUGCGCAGAGGGCAGGAGCGGCGACGAUCCUUGUGGUGGACAACCGACCUGAGCCUCUCAUCACGAUGGACGCUCCCGAGGAAGAGACGGCAGACGCCGACUACCUCCAGAACAUCACCAUUCCCUCUGCUCUUGUGAGUAAAUCACUGGGUAAUGCGAUGAAGAUGGCCAUUGCCCACGGAGAACCCGUCCGUAUAAGCCUGGAUUGGAGGGAGGCUCUGCCUCACCCAGACGACCGAGUGCAGUACGAGCUCUGGACCAACAGCAACGACGAGUGCGGCCCCAAGUGUGACGCCCACAUCUCCUUCCUCAACCACUUCAAAGGAGCCGCUCAGAUUCUUGAGAAGUCCGGCUACACUCGCUUCACCCCCCACUACAUCACCUGGUACUGUCCAGAAGCAUUUAUCGCGAGCAGACAGUGUAAAUCACAAUGCAUCAACAAUGGGAGGUAUUGUGCUCCGGACCCUGAGCAAGACUUCUCACGAGGCUACGAUGGAAAAGAUGUGAUUGUUCAGAAUCUACGCCAAGCUUGCUUCUUCCGAGUGGCUAAUGAGAGUGGAAAGCCUUGGCUUUGGUGGGACUAUGUCACCGAUUUCUCCAUACGUUGUCCCAUGCGACAGGAGAAGUACACCAAGGAGUGUGCCGAUCAAGUCAUACAAUCUCUUGGGGUUGAUCUCAAGAAAGUUGAUGAAUGCAUCGGAGAUAUUGAAGCCAAUGUUGAGAACCCUGUUCUUAAAGCCGAGCAAGAUGCUCAGAUUGGGAAAGGAUCACGUGGGGACGUGACGAUACUGCCAACGCUGGUGAUAAACGACAGACAGUACAGGGGGAAGUUGGGAAGAGCAGCGGUGCUUAAGGCCCUUUGCUCCGGAUUUAGAGAGACAACUGAGCCACCCAUCUGUUUGACUGAAGAUAUAGAAACCAAUGAGUGUUUACAAAACAAUGGGGGGUGCUGGGAGGACAGAGCCACCAACAUCACUGCUUGCAGGGACACUUUCAGAGGAAGGGUUUGUGAGUGCCCCAUUGUCCAAGGUGUCAAGUUUUUGGGGGACGGUUACACCCACUGCCAAGCGUCUGGAGCAUUGCGUUGUGGGAUAAACAACGGCGGAUGCUGGAAAGAAAGCCAAAUGGGAAGAACAUAUUCGGCAUGCCUUGAUGACCAUUCAAGCGGCUGCAAAUGUCCGCCUGGAUUCAGGGGCGACGGUGUCCAUAAGUGCCUAGAUAUAAACGAGUGUGAGGAGAAGGCGGCAUGUCAAUGUGAAGGGUGCAGAUGCAAGAACACAUGGGGAAGCUACGAGUGCAGCUGCAGCAGUGCCAGCAUGCUUUACAUCAGAGAACACGACCUCUGCUUAAGUAAGGAUGCAAAGGCGGACGUGAGAUGGGGUCUCAUUUGGAUAUUACUCUUUGUAUUUGCCGCUGCUGUCCUCGCUGCCUACUUUGCCUACAAAUACAGAAUCCGGACAUACAUGGACUCCGAGAUUAGAGCGAUAAUGGCGCAGUACAUGCCUCUCGACAACGACAAUCAUCCCAACUCCCACCCGUCUUCUCAAAUCGAGUUGUAAUCAUCUUUUGUAAAAACCAAGAAGAAACGGGUUACGAUUAUUAUCUAUCUAUCCAGGAUAUGUAUGUUUGUUGGAUUGACGGCCGAAUGGCAAGCACAGAUUCUUCUGGCCAACCUGGUGGGAAGGAAUAUAGCUUGGAUUUGUCAGAUAUUGUACUAUACUGUAAGUUCACUUGCUGCAGUGCAAUAGAAACACACCAUCACCCAUUCUUGAAAGU